ACUCAGACUCAGUGCCUACCGUUUUUUGUUGACAGUGUUGAUACGUACUUGACAGGUCGUAGUUGUUAUUAUGACAAUCAUCGCUAUUAAACAUGUAACAAACACCUAAACACCUAUUACUAGGAUGAGGGAACAGACGGAAGAGAACAAAGCUAUCAAGCGGUUUACAUACACUGGGCCUUCUUCCAAAAACCAUCGUGAAGAUAGCGAAACUGCCAGUGCUUCAGGGUAUGAUAUCAGCAGACCUUAUGUUACUAAGAAAUCAGGAAAAUCAGUUUUUGACUUCAAAGAGACAUGGAAUUCCAAAUCGUCACCGUCUUCAGCAUUUUUUGACAUGGCGUUACCAACGAGCCCACGUAUGUCUACCACAGGGUAUUACUCACGCUAUUCCAGUUACAAAGGAGGCAAAAAGGACAGUGACCUUCCAAGAAACAAGUCACCUUCCAGUAGCCACGAGCUUUCAAGUAGUACAGGUGUAUCAUGGAACCAGUCGUCACGCACUGGCUACUCGUACUCUCAGCAUGACUCACCAACCACUUCAGCCACUAUAGGCAGUAAAGCCUCAAGCCGGGCUUACACUCAAGGUGCAGUCGGAAAGGCUAGUAUGCAAGAUAUGGGUAGAACUGCUGGAAGUUACUCAGGUCAAGCAAAAAACAUUAAAGAAAGUGCAAGCAGUAGCUGGAACAACCUUUGAUAAACAAAUGUGUUUUAAAAAUUAAGUAAA